GCGAGGGAGCAAUGGCGGAGAUGGAGAUGAGAGCUCGAGAGGAUGUGGAAAUCGGCCGCGACAUAACGCCGGCGAUUCCACCGAUCUCCUUCUCCCUUCACGAUGCGUUUCUUCACUCCCACUGCUCCGCUUGCUUCUCCCCUCUCUCCGGUCGGCCGUUCCCACCCCGCCGCCACUGUCAUCUCUCCUCCUCCUCCUCCGUCUUCUACUGUUCUCCUCUUUGCUCCGCCGCCGACUCGCCUCUCCACUUCUCCUCAGCGGAAUCCAAUCUCCUCGCCUCCUCGCCUCCGUCGCCCUCUUCCGAGUCCUCCGCGGACCUCCGCGCCGCGCUCCGCCUCCUCCGGACGAACUCCGCCGCCGCCUCCGGGGAUCGGAUGUUCGGUUUGCUUACCAACCGCGAGAAAUUGCUGGCGGAGGGAGACGAGAUCUCCGAUCGCGUGAGGAGCGGAGCUGCCGCGAUGGCGGCUGCGAGGGGAAAGGGGAACGGAGCCGCCGAAGAAGAGGAAUCGGCGAUUUGCUUGGUGAUCACCAACGGAGUGGAGGUUGUAGAUGAGAAAGGGCGGGGAAUCGGAAUCGCCGUUUACGAUUCCGCUUUCUCCUGGAUCAAUCACAGCUGCUCUCCCAACGCUUGCUACAGGUUUCUUCUCCCUUCCUCAGAGCUCUCCCCGUCGCCAGAUCUCCGAAUCGUUCCCUCCGGUCGCACGGUGGAGAAUGCUGCAGCCGCCGGCGGAGUCGGAUAUGGACCGAGGAUCAUCAUAAGGAGCAUUAGAAGGAUCGAGAAAGGCGAAGAGAUCACCGUGGCGUAUACAGACUUGUUGCAACCAAAGGCAGCAAGAAGUUCAGAGCUCUGGUUGAAAUACCGUUUUAUUUGCUGCUGUAAACGCUGCAGUUCAUCGUCAUCUUCAUCUUCAUCUUCAUCCUACGUUGAUCAUGCUUUGGAGGAAAUUGCUACUUCUCAAGGUUUUGACAUUGUUGAAGCAACUGGAAGGAGGUUAACUGAUUACGUAGAUGAAGUCAUAACAAAUUUCCUCUCAGAUGAUGGCGACCCCGAAACUUGCUGUCAAAAACUCGAACGCCUUCUCAUCUCCGGUCUCUCGGGUCUUAGGUUGCAUCCGCUUCAUCACCUCGCCAUCAAUGCAUAUACUACACUGUCUUCUGCAUACAGAAUCCACGCCAGCACCAGCAACUUGACAUAUGACCACCAUUGCCCUGAAGCUUUCAGCAAGACCAGGACAAGUGCCGCAUACACCUUGCUUCUUGCCGCAGCAGCGAACCAUCUGCUGACCUUCGAGCCUUCGCUGGUUGCUUGCGUGGCAAACUACUGGGCGAGCGCUGGCGAGUGCUUACUAACGCUUUCCUCGAGCUCUUCUCCUCCUCCUUCUCGUGUUGCUCAGCAGUACAGGUGCUCGAAGUGCUCGUUCGUGGAUGCACUGAAGGCGGUUUCGUAUGCUGAUUUCGAGAAUGUGAAGUUGAAGUUGGUCGAUUGUAUCGGUGGUUACACACGGAGGUCGUGGGGUUAUCUUUCGAAGGGGUGUGAUUACCUGGAGCGGUUCGAGGAUCCCAUGGAUUUGAGUUGGGUUCAGAAGUGGCCGGGCAGUAGUAAUCGGGACGCGAAAUGUGGGUUGGUGGUUGCAGAAAGUAUGGAUGAUGUUUGGCAGCUUGGUGCACAUUGCUUGGCUUAUGGAGGGUUUCUAGCGGCUGUAUGUUACGGGGAGCAAUCGCCUUGGAGUAACCAGGUUCAGAGACUUCUUUGAAGGUGACUCAGAUCCGUAACUGUCGGCAAAGUUCCUUGGUUUUGGUAAUUUGGUGGAUUCUGAAUCGUGCGGGCUUUUCUAACUUAGUUAAGUAUGGGCCUAUUGGAUGGGCUUUUCUGCCCAACACUUUCUGGAUCCUGUCAAAUUUUGAGGCCCAUAUCAAGGAUUGAGGUCCUUUUCCUAGAAAUGAUCUUUUGCACUAGCAAGUAGCAACCCACGUGGGAGAACAAACAUGUAGCACAAAUCUAGGGUGGUGGGUAGGGGUGUCAAUUCGGGUUCGGUGUUUUGGGAGAACAAACAUAUAUCUUUUCGGUUUUUUGGGUUCGUUUUGGGUUUCGGAUUUUUUUGUUUCGGGUUCGGUUUUGCUUAUCGGUUUUUCGGGUUCCGACUAAAAACCUACAAUGAAUAGAACUCAGUCCGUAUUUUUAGGCAUUCAGGUUUUUGGGUUUCGGUUUUGCUUUAAUCGAACCCGAACUCGAUAAGGAAUUUUCGGGUUUCGGGUAACCAGAACCCGCAAGUCCUUAUCAGGUUCGGUUUUAGUAAUUUUCGGUUUCGAGUUUUUUCAGGUUUUGGUUUGGGUAACCGAACCCGACCUGAACUGACACUAUUGAUAGGGCAAAGCCAUUAUGCCAAUGAGCGCAAGGUGGCAGUGAGUAAUUGCAUUUGCGUGUUGGAGAAAUGAAUGGACGGCAGUUGUACACGUUGUUGACAGUUGAAGGCUUCAUGCAACGAUCAGUUGCGACAACUUUGAAGGCAGUUUUUGAGUGAGGCUUUCUCUGAGCUAGUGGACAUGGAGAUCGAUGAAGCAGAUAUUAGUGAUACGUGUUUGCGAUGAAUACCCUAAUAAUAAUAAUACACCCAAAACAAAUCCAUAGCACAAACGGACAGGAAAGCACACAUCUAGGGUGGUGGGUCGACUGCAUUGAUAGGGCAAUUGGCGGAGGAGCAACUUUGCAGUGAAUAAUGGCGAAUUACGUGUUGCGAACGAGUAAUGAAUGGCAGUUAUCAUCGACAGUUGAAGAAUGCUUCUGUAUGAAGAAAAUAGACACAGGCUGUGGUGUUAAUUAUACUAGUGGUGGGGCAAGCAAAACACACAUAAAUGAACUCACACGACUUGGCACCACAAAGGAGCAAAAGUAAAGUAAAGAGAUUGGAGGAUCUAGCUAGGUGCCAAGGGGAUAUGCCUUUGCCGACAGACAACUUCCCUGCACACAGCUUCCACUCUCGGAUAGGGGAGUAAAUUCGGGUUCGAUUUUUCGGGUUUACCCUAAACCGACCGAUUAUAUACAUUUUCAGUUUUUCGGGUUCUGGUUCGUUUCGGAUUUUUCAGUUUCGGGUUCGGUUUUGCUUAUCGGUUUUUCGGGUUCUGGCUAAAAACCUCCAAUGAAUAUAACUCAGCUCGUAUUUUUAGACGUUCGAACAGUUUUUCGGGUUUCGGUUUUGCUUUAACCGAACCCGAUAAGGAAUUUUCGGGUUUCGGGUAACCAGAACCCACAAGUCCUUAUCGGUUUCGGUUUUAGUGAUUUUCGAUUUCGAAUUUUUGGAUUUUUUCGGGUUUCGGUUUGGAUAACCGAACCUGAUCCGAACUUGACACCCUACUCUCGGACUCGUGAUGAGUCACUCACCUUGUUGUUAUGGCCUUAUCUUUGUAUUUGAUUGGCCCCGCCACCGCCGAGUCACUGUUUGGUACGUGUCCACAGUUAAAGGAAACCGUCGGUCAUUUGGCUAUUAGGCGACGCGGGCCGUCCGAGGGACACAACACGGUAUUCUUCGGGAUAUUUAGGACGCCGAGCUAACGAGCUCCAAAACCUUGCGACCUCAAGUUCGAUCAAUGGAAUUAGUUGAGUGAUUUAUUUAUAAAUGAUAGCUUAGUUGAAAUAUGAUAAAACCAUCGCCUAACAUAAAUGAUUAAUUGAAUC